AUGAUAAAAGAUGGUUAUAGAAUUCUAUUCACAGGAGGAGAUUACGGCGUUGUUGAAACUGUCGGACAGAUGUGGCGAGAUCACAGGAGGUUCGCUAUCCAUGUGCUAAGAGACCUGGGUCUUAGUAAGGACGUCAUGGAACGGCGAAUUCUUGCUGAAGUUGAGGCGAUGAGCGAAUAUUUGGUGACUGUUAUCUUUGCUGUAAUUAGUCUUUUCACUGCCCGAAGUAUUAAGGACAUCUUCGACGUUGGGGUUGGAUCAGUAAUCAAUCAGUUACUGUUCGGCUAUCGCUUUGAAGGAGACAAUCUCAAGGAGUUUCGUGAACUAAAAGGGAUGAUAUCUCGCCAUCUGAAGGAGUUCUCGCAUCCUUCGGGUUCUAUCAUGUUCCUUUACCCUUGGCUGAAAAUUCUGCCGUAUUUCGAAAGCAAGUGGAAGAAGUUCGUUAACUUUUUUUCGAAGUUUCUUUACAAUGUACUGAAGAGGUUGAUUCUCCAUCGCGAGGCCUUCUUUUCGUUUUUCGAUCGCCAGAUUGAGGCUCACCAAAAGGAUAUCGACUUCGAAACCGAAGAAUCCAACGACUACGUUGAAGCAUUUUUAAAGGAGAAAAGGCGUCGUGAAGAAAACGACGACAGUGAAUCGUUCAGGUGA